AUGGCAUUGUUUAAGAAGUUUCGUUACCUGGAACAUAAAAUUAUGAGAAAAGAAAUAAUCGCAAAAGAUUUAGAGAUAUUUAGAGAGCAAUCGGACUAUUUGAGAAUAAAAGGAUCUGUGCAUGUUAGAGGUGUUUUGGAACGUUGGGAAGAAAGGAUGAUGAAUAUUCGUGGAAACCGAAAAGAAAGGUGGAAGAAAUAUCUUGAAGAGAAUCCCAAACUAUUAGAAACUUUUCAGAAAUUUUGGAAGCAUCGUCAAAAUCAAACUAUUCCUAUUGAUGUAAAUUUUGUGGCAGGGGAAAUGCAGACAUUAUACAAAUGGAUGUCUGAAAGAAUACAUAAUGUCAAUGCACGAGGAGGUGUUGUAGAGUGGAGUAAAUCCAAUUUAGGAAACGAAUGGAGUCAGGUGGUGGAAUAUAUGUGUAAAGAUCUUAACAUUAAAUAUGAAGUUUUCGGAAAUGAAAAUGAAAAUGCUCCAUGA